AUGUUAGGUUAUUCGACACAAUUGUCAAAAUGGUCUCGUUAUAAUAAUAUUGAUCUCCUACAUUCAGUAAAACCACUAACAACAAAAUCACCAACAUCAUUAUCAACGACUAUUAAAAUUGAAGAUAAUAAUAAAGGAGUUGGAAUAGAAUUUUCAGAAAUACAACAACAACCAGGAAAAGAAUUAUCAAAACAAUUAAAAGAUUCAAGCACAGAAACUAUAAAUGGAGAAGAGAUAAAAAGAGAAGAGAUGGACAUGAAAAAAGGAAUUGAAAAAAUAAAUAGUGACGAAAAUAAAGAAAUGAAACUUGAAAUCAACAGGCAAUGUAAAAUAAUGGAAAAAAUAAAAGAAAAAAUAACCAGUUUGUAUGAGAAUGUUUCAAAAAUGAAUGCCAUGAUAAAUUCAAAAGUAGUAGAAGAGGAAAAAACAUUUAAUGAUACUAUUAACGUACAGAAUUCAUGUGCAAAAUUGUAUGAAGAAAUCCAAUUUUUAUUCUCUCACAAAUCAUUAAAAAGCAACAUCGAUGAAAAGGAAAAAUCUUCAAAAAAUUAUCACAUUUCUGGAAAUAACACAACAGAGGAUGCGUUUGACAAUCUUCCAGAGGAGUAUAAAAUUAAACUGGUUAAAAUGGAGGACAUUAUUCCACAUAACUUUAACUCACAAUUUUGCGAUGAUAUUAUGACAGAACUAUUCGGGGAAAAGGAAUUGCCAAAAGCUAAAUUUUGCAAAGUAGUGAAAUUGAUUGCUGAUAAAUUACAAGAGGCAGGAAAAACUGAUCCACAAUACAUUUUGUUAGCUGCGAUCGUUGGGUCUCGCAGAUUUCCUGGUCUAAGAGCGUCAAUUUCAUUAUCAAGUCAUAGGAGACUGGAGAUACGUUUGAAGCAGUGCUUAACCAAUAGAAAAAAAAGAGGAAAGGCUAGCAGUUCUAAAAACAAAACUUCAAUAGAAACCUGUGACGAAAAUUCUAACGAGACCUCGUUGGCUACUUUACAAUUACUAAUCGAGGAAUAUGGGAAAACAAAAAUCGAUAAAGUGAAAUUAAAGAAACUUCUUUCUGAAACUGGAAAUGAAAGGCAAAAGGAUUUAAAAAAAAUAAAAAAUUCCUCAGAAUUGCUUGACAAGUAUCCAAUAUUGCAGGACACUGAAUUUAUAGCCGUUUAAAGAUUUUUGUCAGUUGGCGCAUCAUUGAGGACAGGUGG